UUGCUGAGAAGUGUAGAUCCUGCUGAGGGCGUUGCGGGGAAGGAAUGCAUCGGGAUGGCAGCUUCGGGAUGGCAGGCCCGCGAUGUGGAGUCGGAGCGCCUCUGGAAGAUGGAGUCUGUGGUGGACAGCGAGGAGCUGGUGCGGAAGCUUUGCUGCGGCAUGGGCUGGUCGGGCGACGGCACAGGCAGCGGCGCCAACGACAACGGACUUUGCUGGUCUGCGGGGGACUUUGGGCGCUACGCCCGCUGCUGCUUCCAAGGGCUCCGACAGCUGGUGAAGGCGCCUGCGCCCCCGUGGAUGCGCCAAGAGAUCCGCGGGGACGUGGACCGUGGCUCCGGAAGCGUCCGGCGCUUCCGCACGGAGGAGAUGGACGCCAUGGAGGCAGACUGGGGCCAUGUAUUCUGCCGCUUCCGCGUGCGUGGAGGGGAACUGGUGACCUGCGACACGGAGAAGAUCCCUUUGCUGCGGUCCAGCGGUGAGCCCUGGGGCCAGUACGAGGCACUGGCGCGGGCGGCGCGCUUGCUGCUGGCCCUGGACCUGCUGCCCGCCAAGGACUUCUUCGUCUCGCCCAACAUCUUUGACCAGCAGCAGAUGCCAGUGCCCGUCCUCACCAAGGCCCGGGUCGUCUUUGCCCGGAACUUGCUGCGGGUGCCGUCCUACGAGCUCGUGGGGCCGCUGCUCGAUAAGAUCCGCACGGAUCUGGUGGCCAUCCCCUGGGCUGCCAAGGAGCCCCGUCUCUUCUGGCGCGGGGGCAUGCGCAGCUUCAACUCUUGCGGCUGCAGGUCCGGCGCGCAGCACUGGCCGGCCAGGUGGCGCUCGCUGAACGGGUCGCAGCUCCUGGCGCGGGUGCCGCCCGGUUCGUGCCACGACCAGCCGCCGGAGCUGUGCUCUUCUUCGUGCGGCUGCACGCGCCAUGUGACGAACCGCAGCAGCUUCCGGUUCUCCAAUCGCGUACGGCUUUGUGAGAUCUCCCGGCAGCACCCGGAUUUGGUGGAUGCGAAGCUGGCAUACAUCCCAGACUCUUACGGUGAGCUCCGGCCCUGGGCUUCGGAGCGGCGGCUGGUGGCCAGCUACGCGCAGCCGGCGGAGCAGCUGAGCUUCAAAUACCUCAUCUCCACGGACGGCUCCACCAUCGACGACACGCGUAUCUACUGGAUGCUCUCCAGCGGUUCUCUGGCUGGCGCCUCAUCGGCUGAUGUCUUCAAGCAGAUCACUGCACUGCUGCCCUACGGCAUCCCUGGGCUGGAGCCCUGGAGGCACUUUGUCCCCGUACGCGAGGACUUUGGCGAUCUCGUGGAGAAGAUCCGCUGGGCGCGGCGCAACGACGCGGAGUGCCGCGCCAUGGCCAGCCGCGCCAAGGACUUCGCCCGGAGCUUCUUCACCGAGGAGCAGAUUCUGCACUACAUCUUCCGCGUGCUGGAAGCGUAUUCUGAGCUCAUUGAGUCCUGAGUCGGGAUGAGGUUGAGGGAGGAGACCAGAGGAAGUCACCGGGUGCACAAGCCGAGUGCAGGAUCUGAGGUGCCACACCCUCGGGGUCUUCGACAAUGCGGAGAGCAGCUCUGAACUGAGGGCUCGGUGGAACUGCGCUGCUGGGCGUAUGGCAUGGAGGGGCGAAAGCGCUCUUUGGCAGGUCUCUGGAGGAAGAAAAUUGGAGCCCUUGUGGAAGGACGAUGC